UGAGUCAGACUUCACCUUAAUUUCCCCGACACUUCCAAAAGAAGAAUGACGGCCGGUUAAAGCAACAGAUGAGAUGGGUCUGCAGAGUUUGUCAGCUAUUAAAACUGUCCUCUAGACCGUUAUCGACCAUUUUAAGUAUUAUCUGCAUGUGUUUUGAUAUGAUUGACACGCAUUCUCACCUUUAUAUCUUUUAAACUGACAGCAGUUGUGCUGUAGGAAGGAAGCAGGAGAGGAAAAGGGACUGACUGCGCACUAAACACACUCAUCGGGGAGUUUACUUAAAAGGACAAGAUUGUUUUUCAGCGUACUUGAUAGCCACAUAAACGCUCGUAUUUUAAACACAAUCUAUUAUAAGUAUUAAUAUUAAUCAGAGAUAUCUUAGAUUAUGUAAAGACCUGAUUGGUUUAUUAUUAAGGUUUGUUUUUCGUGCAAAGCAUUGUUUUUCUUGUGUUUUGCUGAUCGAUAAUAAUCGAUCCGACGUGAUCGAUCAUGGCCACAGAUGUGAUAGCGACUGAAGAAGUCUCAAACCAGAGAGACUCGAGUGAUAUGAACGCUAACAAAAGUAAUCCCGAAUCAGACACACCCAACCGGACAUUUGAGACGCAAGAAAACAGAAAUAUAAGUAGCCCAACAUCAUUAUCAUCGGCUCAUUCUGCGGAAGAACUACCUGACGACUCCAUAACAGGGAAUUCACUGGCGAAUGGGAACAGUGGGAUCCGAACAGGAGAUCCGCCGCAGGAAGCAGCGACUCCAGACAAUAGACAAAAACAAGGCGUGAGGACUUCAACUCCUGUGCGACCACUGCACACUCUCUCUUCAGCCGCUGAACACAAUGGAAGUUUUGAGCACCAGGAGUCCGUGGCGACCACAGAGGCACGGCUGAGAAUGGAAGGGGUGGAGCUAAAGGAGGAGUGGCAAGAUGAGGAUUUCCCCAGGCCACUUCCAGAGGAGGAAGAUAUUCAGCUUGAUGAGGAGCUUUUCACUGGGUCUUCUGGCGAAGGAGCACCUUCUUCACAGUCUUACGGACUAAACAGUGCAAAGAAAACUAAAAAGAAACUUUUGGCUCCGGAAAUCAGCCUAAACCUAGACCACAGUGAAGGCUCGAUCCUGUCAGAUGAGCUGGAUGAGAGUACAGAACUGGACCUGGAUGAUAUAGACACCCCUUCAGACAACAGCAACGAGUUUGAGUGGGAAGAUGAUCUCCCAAAACCCAAAAGCACAGACCUGCUGCGUAAAGGAGUGGAGUCGGUGCGGGAGUACACCACCACAGAGGAACGUGAGGAGGGCCGUCGCUGGAGAGUUUUCCGUAUCGGAGAGCAGGAGCACCGAGUGGACAUGAAGGCCAUUGAGCCCUACAAGAGGGUUAUCAGCCAUGGAGGUUACUAUGGCGAUGGAUUGAAUGCCAUCAUCGUCUUUGCUGUUUGCUUUAUGCCUGAGAGCAAUCAACCAAAUUACAGAUACAUCAUGGACAAUCUUUUCAAGUAUGUCAUAGGAACCCUAGAACUGCUUGUAGCUGAGAACUAUAUGAUUGUAUACCUGAAUGGAGCCACCUCGCGCCGAAAGAUGCCGAGUGUGGGCUGGCUCAGGAAGUGCUAUCAGCAAAUAGAUCGAAGGUUAAGGAAGAAUUUGAAGUCUUUGAUAAUUGUGCACCCGUCCUGGUUUAUUCGCACUCUCUUGGCCCUCACGAAACCUUUUAUAAGCUCAAAAUUUAGCCAGAAAAUCAAGUAUGUGUACAGCCUGACAGACCUGGCUGAGCUUGUCCCGAUGGAGUAUGUUUCCAUACCAGACUGCAUUAAACAGUUUGACGAAGAAAAAAAUAGGAAAAAACAUAAAAGAUUUAGAUUCUGACGUUCUGUCCUCUCAGUUCUGCUGCUGUUAGUGUGGUAUGUAUGACCAUGCCAGUAAAUCAGACUUCAUGGUGAAGGAUUUGAACAGUAAAGUCACUGGUGGUUUACUUUUUUUUUUUUUUUCAAAUGCAUGCCUGGCUGAUGCACAUUCUCACUUCUCACUGCAUGUCCCACUACACAUCAAAGAAUGCAUUGUUUAAAUCUCAUAAUAGGGAAAAAACAGAGAGUUAGAGUCAGAAUACACUUCAAAUACCUUGUUUUCCUAACACAGACCUUCUUAGCAAACUUAUGACAACACAUUGAAAACCACCCACACCAGCUUAACGUGCACAAGCUUCAAAUUGUCUUCAUAAAAUGUUUUUAACUAGUUUGUAAUGCAGAAUCAACUGACUUGAGUUUCACAUUAAUUGAUUUAAAUGCCUUUUGUUUGUAUAACAAUGUUUUUAACCUCAAUCAAAAAGUUGUCUUGGUGAUCAAACUAAACCUUUGAGUGUAAAGUCAUAAGACCGUCUUUUUGUUGUCUCUGUGUUAAAUUGUGUGAGGAAAAAAUCAAAAGAUGUUCUUUUCGAAUCAAACUGAAGUGUUGGUAUGUUUUUAAUUCUUAUCCCUUAUGGUUAUCAUUAUUUUUUCUUCUUAGGAUUGACAAGGACAUGCAUGGAAAAGUGGAGAUAGCAACUGCUGCAGUGCCAGAGUGAGUCAGAAGAAGAGUUGAAGAAGCUGGAAGAAUUAAAGAAUGUAUUGGGUUUCUUUUAACUGGAGAACGCAAGAUAUUGAUGUCAGAAAAGUGCCUUUUAAAGGAAUAUUUCAACCCAAAAUUAAAGUUCUGUCAUCAUUUACUUAACCUCAUGUCAUUCCAAACCCAUGUUUUUUUUUGUUUUUUUUCCCUGUGGAACACAAAAGAAGCUGCUCUUUUUGAUAGUCACUUUCAUUGAAUGGAAUAGAGCAACUUGUACUUUCUGCUAAAUAUCUCCUUUUGUGUUUCACACAAGAGUCAUUUCCGUUUGGAACGACAUGAGGGUGAGUAAACGAUGUCAGAUUUUUUAUUUUUGAGUGAACUAUCCCUUUUAAAGCUGCGACUGCCUGUUACUUUAUGAACUUUUUUUCUGCCUGUUGCAUUUGUGUGCCAAACACCUGUCAGAUGGCAUCUGGUUUCUGUGCGUUAAACAUUUUAAUUACCUUUUAUGUAUCAUUUCAAUAAGUAAAUAAUGUCAACAUGUUCUAGUUCUUAUAUCUUGCUCUUAGUUAAGGCACUCUGUUUUCGAACUAGUCAAUGCAUGUUCAUUACAUUACAUUUAAAUAUCUAUAUUUAUAUCAAAAGGCGAUAAAGGAGAAAGAUUAAUAUAUUUUUAUGACUGAAAUGCUUUUUUAGGGCCACAGUCUGGCAUUGUUUGUCAUCUGCUCACUGAACAUCUCAUAGUUAUACCACAUAUUGUUUACUGCUGAAUGUCUUGUUUGAUUUGAGAACGUGGAGAAAUGUUCAAAGGAGAUGGUAAGGAAACAAUCAAAAAUGUAUUGAACCAGUAACAUUUUUCCAAUUCACAUUCUUUAAUGGUUUGGGAGGGGUGGGGUUCUUGUAUGUUAUGUUCUUGCAAGUAAACUUCCACACAAAAA